AUGUAAUAAUCAAUAGCAUUUAAAGUUUUUAAGAAUUUCGAUAUUUUUGGGCAAAACAUCCAAUUGAACUUCAAUGGUGAUGAUUCAUAUCAAACAGCAAUGGGAGGAAUCUUUUCGAUGACAAUAAUUGCUGUCAUUGCAUUCUUCUUCUAACAAAAUAUCAUAGAUUUCAUGAAUAAGAAUUAUGUGAAUCUCAAUGUCCAGACUUUGUUUGAUGCUAAUCCUGAUGACAUUGUCUUUAACGACGACAAUUACAUGUUUGCAUUGGCCAUCGAAUAAAAGUAAUUUAACACCAACCCUUAUUUCAACAUAACUCUGAAACAGAGGAUCUACACUAGACUCAGCAAUGGAACCAUAAUUAAACAAGAUGAAUUUAUAGAUCUGAUACCUUGCACAAUUGACAGAUUUCAAAACAUAUUUAGUACUUAAAAUUUCUCAGAUCAAUUCAACUCUCUCGGAUUGUCAGAAUGGCUAUGUCCUCAAUACAAUUAUUCAAUUCAAUUGCAGGGAGGUUAUUCAAGUGAAGUAUUUUAAUUCACCAAAAUAACCGUCACUGAAUGUUCAAACAAUAGUUAAACCAACCAAAUCCUAACUUGGAAGCCUUAGUGUGCCAGCAUUCAAGACAGAGACAAUCAUCUAUAAAAUGACAGAUCCUUUCGAUUAAAAAUGUAUAUGACCAACACCAUCAUUAACCCAUUAUAGCCAAGGAACAUAUCCUAAGUGUUCUUAGAUGAUGAACUAUUUUUCUCCUUCCUCCUGCUCACUGGAACUGAAACCGAUGUAUUUUACUAAAAGUAUAAUGUCACCACCAAUAACAACAUAUUCCCCUAUAUCGAAGACAACCAGGAACAAUUAUUUAACAUCAAAUAGCAAGGAGACUUCAGAGUCAGCAAUGUAUAAAACAGUGGUUCAUAAUACUCUGCCAUUUAUAUGAGAAGAAGUCCAUACACUUAUUAAGUCAAGAGAGAUUUUCAGGAUCUAGCUGAUUUACUGUCCUACCUUGGAGGCUUUGCCAACAUUGUGGUCAUGGUUUUCGGAUUCUUGAUUACAUUCUAUAAUAAAUCCUAAUUCAUGAUUGAAUUAGCAAAUUAAGUGUAUGAUUUCCCUAUUCAAAAUGCAAAUACUAUAGAUACUCAGCAAAGAAAGGAAAUUAAAAAAACAAUAGCCAGAGCCAAGAGCAGGACAAUUAUUCAAAAACCAAAUAAUCGGCCUUCUUAAUUGUUGUCGCCAAAAUAUAAUCAAAAUUAAUAAUUGAUCAUGAAUGACACCACUAAAUAAGAUGAACAAUUGACGACCAAAUAGAAUGAGCAGAGGAUCUUCUAAGAAGAAUAAGAAAAGAUCAUCUCCUAAUUAGGCAUAACUGAUAGAAGGAGCUAUUUGACUUAAUAGAUUGAAAAGAUUCUAAAUCGAAGCUGCCCUAUAUUUUUUAAUUGCAGAUAUAUUUUGUAUCAACUCUUUUGCUAAAGGUUCUUCUAUGAUAGAAACAGUAUUUUACUAUAAAAAGCUAUCAAAAACAUAAAUAAAGACGUAGAUCUUUGUGUUAUCAUCGAUAAGGUCAAAGAAAUCAAUCUACUUAAGGAUCUAUUAUUGACUGAAGAUCAAUUAGUGUUAUUUGAUUUUGCUCCUAAAGAAGUCAUCAAUUUAGAAGCAGAAAAGCAAGUCACAGUACGGAAUAUGGCCAGGAAUACUCUAAGAAAUUUCAACUCAAAGUAAAAUUCCAUAAGCAGUAAGGACGAAUAAAAUAAGUCUAAUCAAACUAUAAGUACAUAUUACAAGCUCUUCAAGGCUUAUGAUCGAAUUCACUAAUCUUUGCAAUAGAACGAUAAAAUCAAUGAAAAAUUGAUAGGAAAAUUGGGACAGGAAGUUAGGGAUAUUUUCGAGGUCUCUCAGUUUAUUCAAUGGGAAGGCAACAACAACAAACAAAUCAACAGUGAAGCAUUAGAUGACGAGUUUUAAUGUGACUCUGUUAAUUCUGAUCCUCCUUGCAUUACUACUCUAGAUCAAUUCAAGGUUAAUCUGAAAUUAAAUAUUUGA